AUGUCUUCUUCAAUAUGGGUUGUUGACUCCUCCUUCAAGAGGACGCAAGUCAAGGUCACGCCUGGCAAGUACAUGAGGGAGGUGUUGGAGGAGUCGUGCAAGAGCAGGAAGCUCACGCCCGAAGGUCACACGCUGAAGACCCAAAACAACAAGGUCGUGGACCUUUCGCAGCCGUUUAGAUUGUCCGGGCUGUCAGCAGGCGCGAAGCUACAACUCGUACAAGCCAGCAAGUCGCCGGGCGUGGUGUCUGUGGCCCUUCAGCUGCCGGACAGCGAAGGUGGUGGGAGGCUGAACGACAAGUUCCCGAGCAACACGAGCCUCUGGCUGGUCCUGCGGAAGUAUGAAGAUGCUGUGGCAGGAUCACCACCACGGAAGCUCAAUCUGACGCAGAGAGGGACACCUUCCGGAAGCAGCGGUGCGGGCAGGCUGAACUACGAGCAACCAUGUCUGCACCUCAUGAACCGCAACAUGGAGACCUUUACAGACCUACAGAAGACCUUUGCGCAGCUCGGCCUGAAUGGUGGUAGUGUCCUGAUCAGGCUGAGCUUCAAGGCUACGGAUACUCCGCUGGAAGAAGCCAUGGGAGAGAUCACGGAAUACUUUAGUUCGGUGGACACAGUGCCAGCUGCAGCAGGGAGCAGUGCCAACCAGGCGGCUGAAGCUGUUCAUGCGGAUGACAACAUGGAAAGCGCACCAGCAGCUACCGCAGAGAACGCUGCUGUCGCAGACGAAGGAGCUGCCAAACAGGAGCCGAGCGAAGAAGUGACCAUGUCAGAGGGCACCACUGCACCUAUAGUUGAGAACGAUGUGAUCGCAUCUUCUUCCGAGACGCAACCCCAGCCACCAGCCUCCCAGAACGAAGAGAUCGCACCGCCCGUAUCAUCACCGCCACCUCCUUCAUCAUCAAACUCCAAUACGAUAAACGGCAUCUCAGUCUAUCGACCUCCCUCAUCCAGCACCCCCGCCGCAGCCCUCCAGCCUGACGACCCUUCAGCAUUCGAGCCUACAGUCGACCAUGCCAAAUCUCACCAAGCCAACCUGCAGACCGCUGGAAAGAACAAGCGCCUGCUUUCCGACAAAGAGCUCGCCGAACAGGAAGAUGCACGCCAACAGCGCGUCUCCGCCGUGCAAAGCGUGGUCGUUCGAGUGCGGUACCCAGAUCAAUCGCAGAUCGAAACAACCGUGUACGCUUCUGAGACCGCCGCAGACCUCUACGGCAAGGUCAUGGACACGCUCGCUGCAGCACCGGAGCCCUUCGAGCUGAAAUACACCGGCAACAAGGGCCACGAGAUCAUCCCCAACACUUCCGCGAAACGACUAGUCAAGGACUUCGGCUUCAAGGGGCGAGUGCUGGUGACGCUGGUCUGGAGCCAGGAUGCGAGUCCUGCCGCACAGAGAGGCCCGAGUUUGAAGGAGGAGUAUAGGCGGCAUGCUACGGAUCUGAAGGUCGAGCUGGCGACUCAGCAGGCGCAGGGUGAGAGUGCGCAUAAGACCGCCAUGCAGAAGCCUGAGAGCAAGCCGGGUGGUUCUGGGGAGGGCAAGAAGGGCGGGGAUAUCGAGGCGAAGAUGAAGAAGUUUUUGGGGUUUGGGAAGAACCGUUACGCGGGAUGCAUGAGGUAUGUUAUUGAGCAGGUUCUGAGCGAGGUCUGA